AUGACCACCAGAAUCACCCCCACUACAAUCCCCACGAUUGCUCCAGUGGACAUGCCAGAGGAGGAAGAAGAGGCUGUGCUGUUGGCAUUGGAGGAGCUCUGCACACUGUUGUCGAUGAAGUUGUUGGUGCUGCUGCCCGGGGUUGUGGGGUUGGUUGGGUUAGAGUCACACUCCCUGGUGGGGCACGUGGUGGGGCACGUGGUGGGGCACGUGGUGGGGCACGUGGUGGGGCACGUGGUGGGGCACGUGGUGGGGCAUGUGGUGGGGCAUGAGGUGGGGCAUGAGGUGGGGCAUGUGGUGGGGCACGUGGUGGGGCACGUGGUGGGGCAUGUGGUGGGGCACGUGGUGGGGCACGUGGUGGGGCAUGUGGUGGGGCACGUGGUGGGGCACGUGGUGGGGCAUGUGGUGGGGCAUGUGGUGGGGCACGUGGUGGGUCAUGUGGUGGGGCAUGUGGUGGGGCAUGAGGUGGGGCAUGUGGUGGGGCAUGUGGUGGGGCACGUGGUGGGGCAUGUGGUGGGGCAUGUGGUGGGGCAUGAGGUGGGGCAUGUGGUGGGGCAUGUGGUGGGGCAUGUGGUGGGGCAUGUGGUGGGGCAUGUGGUGGGGCAUGUGGUGGGGCAUGUGGUGGGGCAUGUGGUGGUCAUGUGGAGGGACGGCCAUGGGAUUGCGAGGAAGGAGGGGGGCCCAUGGGAUUGCAGGGAGCGGACGGUCAUGGCAUGGACGGUCAUGGCAUGGACGGUCAUGGCAUGGACGGUCAUGGCAUGGACGGUCGUGGCAUGGACGGUCAUGGCAUGGACGGUCGUGGCAUGGACGGUCGUGGCAUGGACGGUCGUGGCAUGGACGGUCGUGGCAUGGACGGUCGUGGCAUGGACGGUCGUGGCAUGGACGGUCGUGGCAUGGACGGUCGUGGCAUGGACGGUCGUGGCAUGGACGGUCAGUGGCAUGGACGGUCAUGGCAUGGACGGUCAUGGCAUGGACGGUCAUGGCAUGGACGGUCAUGGCAUGGACGGUCAUGGCAUGGACGGUCAUGGCAUGGACGGUCAUGGCAUGGACGGUCAUGGCAUGGACGGUCUUGGCAUGGACGGUCGUGGCUAUGGACGGUCAUGGCAUGGACAGUCAUGGCAUGGACGGUCAUGGCAUGGACGGUCGUGGCAUGGAAGGUCAUGGCAUGGAGGGUCAUGGCAUGGAGGGUCAUGGCAUGGAGGGUCAUGGCAUGGAGGGUCAUGGCAUGGAGGGUCAUGGCAUGGAGGGUCAUGGCAUGGAGGGUCAUGGCAUGGAGGGUCAUGGCAUGGAGGGUCAUGGCAUGAGGGUCAUGGCAUGGAGGGUCAUGGCAUGGAGGGUCAUGGCAUGGAGGGUCAUGGCAUGGAGGGUCAUGGCAUGGAGGGUCAUGGCAUGGAGGGUCAUGGCAUGGACGGUCAUGGCAUGGAGGGUCAUGGCAUGUGUGUCGAGGGAAGAAGACAUUCACGCCGAGACACGAUGGGUGCACCUAUCUAA